AUGCGACUCCAUAUUACUUUCCCAAACGAAUCAGGGUGGCCGCUCAAUAAUUAUAAAUACGAUAAUAAUAACUACGAUAAUCAAUAUUAUUAUUCUCCGUCGUACUCUCGUUUAUAUCGUUAUAAUAAUAACCGUUAUUAUAAUAACAGAAAUAGAUCGUCUUAUUAUAAUAAUCACCAAGAGCAACAGAGACUAUUCUCUGAUAAUAGCAAUAGUUAUUAUUAUAACUUAAAUAAUCAAAAUGAAACUCAAAAUUCAAAUAAUAAUUCAUUUAAUUCAAAAAAGUUCCAGGCUCAAUUUCAACAGCCUGUACGUUUCCAUCCUGCAGCGGCACAACAACAACAGCAGCUGCAACUUCAAGCAGAUGCACAAACAUUUAUUCCACCAUUAAUGCAAACAAUACCAAAUUACCUACAACAACAACAAAUCUAUCCUCAAACGUCUAUUCAGCAAAGUCCACAACAAC